AUGGUGUCUGGGGAGAACAACGUUCGGGGCCUCGGCCUGGCGGUGCUGUCGAGUGCUUUCAUUGGAUCGAGCUUCAUCAUCAAGAAGAAGGGGCUCAAAAAGGCGGGAGCUUGUGGUGUUAGUGCAGGUUCUUUCUCAUUUCCCUGAAUGUUUCUCUUUAUUUGAUCUAUUUCUCUACGUGAUCGGCAUUUACUAUGUUGAUCUAUGCACGGAAUGUAACCACUUACGGCAGCAUGGCACCUUUCGACGCUUCAGCCUGAUGCCACCGUUCUAUUUCAGCUGCUGGGGGACACUCUUACUUACAUGAACCUUUGUGGUGGCUUGGAAUGAUCACCAGUAAGUAUCUCCUACAUUUCUCAGUGCAGUGUCUGCUUAGUUGUACGCUUGAAAAUGAUUAGAGGUAAAUUAACUAAUCUGUGGGCAUCCAGAAUCUGAUCACUUGGGAUUUGGAUAAGCACGUUCUUGACAUAAUUUUAGGUCCUCGGGGGAAUAAAUUCCACAGGGCUAGUUCUGAUAUCAUGUUCUUUUGUUUGAUUUUAGUACUUUUCUCGGUCACAGGUUUGCAGCCUGGAGGUUAAUCGAGUCAAGGCAUGCAAACUAGUUGCUCAUCGGUCUACAGUCGUGUGCAUUAGUAAAAACUAAAAAAAAAAAAAAAGAAACUGGAAUUUAUGUCAUGGAUCAAAAUUGAUUCGGAUAUACGAGCAUAAACAGGUUUAUUAUAAGCAGAUGCUACGACCUGGUUUCUGACCAGGUUUCAAACCGAUUUGCCUUUCGGAAAAGAUAUUCUGGUAAAGAAAUAUCGGUUCCUAGAAAAUUCCAGGCUGUUUCUGCUUUCUGGGUCCAUGCUUUUGUAACGUUGAUUUUUCUGGCUUUUUAACGGGCUGGCUAAAUGGAAGAACACAUCUAGGAAUGCAGGUAGCAGUACUGUUUUAGGAACUUUGCAGUACUCCUCCUACCCUUCACUUGUUACUUUAGAAAAGCCCUUAGAUCUGUGAUAAUAAGCUAGAAAAUCAAGGGUGUUCUUAUCGUAUGAGCCUCUUAAUGGUCUUUCUCCUUUAUUGUCAAAGUUCAGGGCAUUUUAGAAUUUUCAAGAUCUCUGAAUGAAUACUUAGUUACAUGAGCCAAUUACCGGUACAAUGACUUCACGGGUCCGUUUAUUAAAACAGUAAAUUACCUUUUUGAGACUUAGCGUUUAACACGUCUUUGGCCACUGCAACCACUGAGGAUGAUGUGCUGAGACAUUGAGGAGAGCUUGGGCUUUGCUUCUGUGUGAACUUUAAGGGAUUUUUCUCAUCACUUCUUCUUUCAAAACCUUGCUUGUGCUAGAGUUGCUGUGCCAUUUUUGAGGCAAUAUGUAUUUAUAAUUUAUUUUUCCAUUUUCAAGAUCACUUUUUUAUCAAUACUUUGAAGGGGAUUUUUUUAAAAAAAUUAAAUUUUUUUUUUAAUUGGAAUCAUAAAAUAAAAUGGAAUGAAAAUUACACUUCUGGUCACCUGAUUCGCUACUGUCAUCUCCAUUGCAUGAAAUUUUUCACGUUCUUUCUUCAAGUAUUUUCCUCCCUUGAGGUACUGAUGGGAAUGGUUGGACUUCAUAUGAGAAUGCACUGCAGUUUUUAUUUUUCGUCAAACUUGUAAUCUUAUCCAUCAUGUUUUUCAAAAAUAAAGGUAACCUAGAUGAGGAAAUUUAGAUCAUCAUACAUCGGUAUAUACUAUGAGUGAUAAUUUUUUAAAAGUUAAAACGAUCAACGAAGUUAUAAUUAUAACCAGGUUUAGCUUCCCAAUGCCCUAGUUUAUUGGCAUCUUCCUUUUUUUACACGUCUUAUAGUCUGAAGACAGAUUGUUUGAAAUCUUUAAUAAUACGAUUUCAUUGAUUUUUAAAAAAAGGAACUCGUAAACUGAGAUUUUAAACCAUUGUAUCUCUUGACAGUUUAUUUUUGUCACAAUAUAGUAAUAAAAUAAUAUUUUUUUCUUAUGAACGUGUCAAAUAUUUUUAAGAAAUAUUCUUUUCCCACUUGCUGAAUUACAUUGUUUCCUAUCAUCUUGUUCUAUAUGUUGUACUUGAAAAUAUUCCGCUUUGUUGCGAAUACAAUCUUCAACUGUAGAAUGUAUCUCAGUUGAAUUAUUCUGAAAGGGAAAUAGAAAUACACUACAGAAACGGAAACCAUUUAAUCUCCUAACUUACUUGAAAAACAGAUAUGAUCAAUGAGAUGAAUUAUAAUAUAGAACAGGCACUCACUUGCCAGGGUGGACAGCUUUAGACAUGAAUUUAUUGCGUACUUCAAAGUAGAAACCGAGAUUAACCCGUCUUCAGAUGAAGCUCCGGCCUAAUUCUAUUUGAUUUGAUUUUUUGAGAUCACAUUUUCAACCCAGCAGGGGGCUUACAUUAAUAGGCAUGCACUAACGCUCAUCAAGCUAAUCUCAAGUCGACCUGUCCUCAAAACGAACAGAAGACCAAACUUCAAUGUUAGAACUCAAACGAUGGUUAUUAACCAUUUUUCUUUUCGCCUAUUUGUAAUAAAUGUAUGAUAAUUUAAUAAUUUAUUUAUUUUUAUUGUGGGAGUUUGGACCAAAGAAUCAUAAUGAUCUGCACAAUGUGGUUUCAAAUUGGAGACCUUGAUAAUGAUCUUAACUGACACUCAGAGGGCUUCAUGCUUCUAAAUAUGUUUUAUACGGUUCCCAAUCCCACAGUUAGUUCUGCAUACGUGACGAUGAUGGACUUGACUCAAUAUAUGUUUUGAAACCUGGCGUGUAUGAUGUAGUUGAUCAUUAACCAAACUCUGAACUGUUGCAUUCCGCAUCCGGCAACCGAUAAGGCACAUGAGGUGUUGUAUUCCAUACUUAAAGAGAAAAUAAUGAGUUCAAUGUAAAUUCUUGGUGGUGAUAUCUAUGCUAAUAAAAUAUGACACAAGAUUUGACGAAUUUUGAUGGAAGAAAGCUUACCCUUGAGUUUAAGUGGUUAUGAAGAAAACUAUAGGAGCGCCCAUUUUAAAUUUCCUUCGUAGAUCUAUCACUUAUUAGAAAACUCAGCCCUUAUGAAUGAGAUUGAUAACCCAUCAAUGUGACCGUGAAUCACAUUGGUGACGCUAUUGAGAUUCCUCUCCUAGUUUAUCCUCUAGUCUUUUUAAUAAAUCACCAGAUAUUGGUGAUAAGAUUUUCCAUAGAUUUCUGGGUCACAUUCUAUUAAUUCAGGGAUUCACAUAAGAUUGCAACUCGUAUCAUAACAUAGUCAUGUACAUUUAUAGAGAAACUUUCCCUAGAUGCAGCUGUAAAAAAAUGUGAAUUUUUCUGCCGUUAUGAAAAUUCUAGGAAUAUACGCUUCCCUCUUCCUGCACCUAGAGAUAAGAACGUAAUUUUCUUGGAUGCUGUAUGCUUGUCUUAUCGUUUCCACAGUGUACAUACAUAAUCUUAUCUACACGUAUUUGAGGGGUUCAUUUAUUCUCAAUUUCUGAAUAUCACCUUCCUAGUCUUCGUUUACUAUUUACUGGCCUAUACGUGAUAGAUUAUUUUUUUAAUUCAAGAAUCAGGUUUUAGGGAGAGCCUCAUAUGUAGGUAUUUCUACUUGUGUCUGCAUAAUUUAUGAUGUAUCUAUUCAUAUAUCUAAGCCCCCUUUGUUCUGGCGCAUGACCACUUGUGAAAAUAUUGCCUGAUUUUCAUAGCAUACAUCAUCGUGUUGUAGCAGUGAAUCCUUCAUGCAGUCCACAGGGCCAUCAUUUUACUAUGUUUCAUUCAUUUCUGCCUAUUGUUCCAUAGCAUACACCAUUGUAUGUAGCUUUUGGUGUUUGAACCAGAUAUAAGCUAUGCAACGUUUGUUUCUUUUCUUGUGCUUCUGCCUCUCUCUACUUGACAGUUGGACAAAUUUACAGUUAGCUCACAGUUUCACUAAAAACUCAGUUCAUUUUAUGUAUUGUCUUCUGUUGUCUUUGUACUGCGAAAACCAGAAGAACUUUUAUAUUUGAUCCUAUUCUCUGUAUUUCUUUUUAUAAAGCCAUUUUUUUCCAUCUCGAGAUCAGAAGAAACUUAUGAAAUGUGUCCUUCAAAUGAUUUUUGCAGUGAUUAUAGGGGAGAUUGCAAACUUUUUUGCCUAUGGCUUUGCUCCUGCGAUAUUAGUAACUCCACUGGGAGCCUUGAGCAUUAUUUUCAGGUUCGCCACACAUCAAACUAGAUGACCCUUUGAUCUAUGGUUUAAGUCAACGUUAUCUCUCUAUCAUCUGGUUUCCUUUUCCUGCAGUGCAGUGUUGGCUCAUAUAUUUUUGGAUGAAAAAUUGCACAUAUUUGGAGUGGUGGGUUGCAUUCUUUGUGUGGUGGGCUCCACUGUUAUUGUUUUACAUGCACCAAUCGAGAAAGAUAUAGAAUCCGUUCACGAAGUGUGGAGCCUUGCCACUGAGCCCGGUAAUAUUUCCAGGGAAUGUCGCUUUGAUUCUUAAAUAAAAUUUCUAGUGUUCAUUGCUGAAUUUAUAACGUGGAUUUCUCCUCCAUUUUAUGAUGUACCACCACUUCCCACACGCAACUCAAGGAGUAGUUCUUGUGUCCUGGCAAGAUCCAAGCGGGGUCUUUCCUUCCAUUGAAAUUUCUCUGAACGCCUGAUCUUGUACUUUGCAUGGGAAAAAAAAAAAUCUAUGCAUCUAUGACCCUUAUGGGGCUGUUUUAUUCUCCAAGUUUACUUUUUUGAAGGAUUUAUUUAGGUAACUUGGCAUGGUAGAUUAAGAUAUAUACUGAAGAAACAGUCUGUGUACGACCCACCCUGGUCCUGCCCUGUCGAAUGACGACUCUGUAUUUUACAGGUUUUGUUGCUUAUGCUGCUGUGGCUCUCUUCGUAGUCACCUUUCUCAUUGUUAGGCUUGUUCCUCGGUAUGGGCAGACGCAUUUGAUAGUUUACAUUGGAUUAUGCUCCAUCGUUGGCUCCAUUACGGUUGGGAUAGGAACUUUCAGCUCGUGAAUUUUAUUUUAUUUUUUCUAAUUUUAUGUUUCUCAUUUCCUGAGCUAUCCUGUUUCUGAUUGCAGGUCAUGGGUGUGAAGGCGCUAGCUAUUGCUCUUAAGUUGACUUUUUCAGGAAUGAAUCAGUUUGUGUAUGCUCAAACUUGGUUUUUCGUUGCUGUAGUGGUGAUAUGUUGUGUGCUUCAGAUACACUACUUGAACAAGGUAACAUGAGAAUGCCCUUCUCUCUGUUGAAAAAAAGAAAAAAAAUGAGAAAAAAAAAUAUUUUAUCAUGUUAGGUAUUUUUGAAGUCCAAGGAAACCAAUUCGUACAGAAGCUCCGCAAUCUCAUAGCUUCCCCAUCAAGUCUACACUAAAAAUAGUAGUAUUUUCAUCCUUGGGAUAAAAUGUUUCCCCCUGUAUCUGCUGCCUGCAUUAGGAUGGAGCGCCCCUCAAAUCUUCCGAUCUGCCGGGGAUUACUGUUUCCCUGAGGGAAACAAGCUAUCUAUAUUCCCUUGAAAGUAUAUUAUAGGCAGAGAGCCUUUUGCCUUUUAAAGGAUAACAAGGAGUGGCCGAUGCAAAUACUUAAAAUAAAAUAAAAUCUAAAAAAAAAUAAAAAAUGAAUGAAGUUGCUUUGUUGCUUAUAUUUGGAUUUAGACAGUUAUUAAUGUCAUGAGAACGAGAAAAUAGGGGUUCUUAGUUUGGAGAAACAUCACACAGACUAAUGGUGGUGGAAUUUCUGGUAAUAAUGCUACGGUUUGUGAGUUUCAACCCCUGCAUAAAAAUCAAAUGAUGAUAGAGACUGACUCGUUGAAAUUGUGAAUUUCUAUCAUUUUUAUUUUUUUUCUGUCCAGUUGCACUCUGCGUCAUAUCAUUUUUUUCUAUUCUCAUCGAACUUUUCUUUUACCUCCUACUCUUUGAUAAAACUUUGCAAAGAAGGUGCGACACCAGGGUCACAGAUGGAUAUCCACUAAUCAAUAGAAACGCCGCGGUAUAUUUUUUGCUUAUUGUGGCAUAGUUUGGUGAGAAAGGUCCAUGUGUUAAUCAGCAGCUUUGUGUACAUCACAGAGUGUGCAGAUUGGAAACAGGGUUUAUGAAAGAAUCUAGAAAAUUCUAUCCUUUCUAUAAAAAAAUUCAUCAAUUGCGUACAACAUGAUAGGGCAUUUCUGAUCUCACGCUCAAAAAUUGUGGUGAACAGGGCUAGUUUUGCUCAAGGAUUGAAUUUAUUUAUAUAUGCAAGUAGCUUUAGUAUAUUACUUUGAACAAGAAGUGGUAUUCGUGAGCAUCAGGGUAGAUUUUUGAUCUGUAAGUAAUUUAAUGAAUGAUUUUUUUUGGAUUUCCCUUGUGUUGAAAAGGAGCUAAGUCAUAAAUUGAAAAUGUCAAAACAAAAAAAAAAAAAAAAAAAAAAAACAUAGUUAGAGAAUUUCAGAUGUUGAAUCUGCGGGAAAUUAUGAGUUCUGGACAUUAAGGUACAUUAUCCCAUCGAUUUGACUUUUAGAACCUCCUGUGUGGCCUAGUUGCAGCAGACCCUGACUGUUAUUGAAACAGUAACAGUCAUCAUCUUUUGCACAUCGUCGUAUAUUGAAUGUAUUCAGUCAACGGUUUCCUGGACGAGUAAUAAAAAGGAGCAUACAUUGAGUCUGUGCGUCAAUAAAGGAACAUACAGAUGCAGUCCUAGCUAGUUUAUUGCUCUCUAAAUGGUACCAUUGACCUGCGCAAAAUGGACAGCUUGGAUCAUUACUAUGGAGCAUGGUUGACUUUUCAUCUUAAUCGUCUUAAAAAAAUUCUCAACUUGAAAUCGGGAGAAAAUUUCUCAAUUUGAAAAAAUUCCCAUAAUAUAUUUCCUUCUCAUCACGGUCUCUCCUCCGUUUCAGGCAUUGGAUACGUUCAACACUGCUGUGGUGUCUCCCGUCUACUACGUGAUGUUCACCUCUCUGACGAUCCUCGCUAGCGUCAUCAUGUUCAAGGUAAUGCCGUCUGAGAUAACCCCCUGCAUGGCUUGAUCUGCUGUCGGCGCUUGCAUGGCUAUUUUUCAUUCCAAACGUUGACUUGUUCUCCGUUAGAUAUCUCAUGAGAUGCGAUGAUGUCAGCUUGCUAAACUGCCAUCUCAGCUUAAGCAGAGUUCUCAACAUCUCUUCCCUCUACUCCACCCCCCAAAACCCAGGACUGGUCUGUACUAGCAAACGCUAGCUAGUGCUGCAUAACCCUCUGAGACAACCUGCUACACUACUGGACGCGCUGUCGACAGUUUGACCCCUUUUUGUUCAUUCCAAACGUUGACUUUUCCCCCAUAUGUUCUAUUUAGCUAUCUCAUGAGAUGUGAUGAAGUCAGCUUGAUAAAACCAUGAUCUCAGCUUAAGCAGAGUUCUCAUCCAUCUCUCUUCUCCCCCCCAAAAAGGAGGACUGGUGAGUGCUAGCAAAUGCUACUCAUGCAUGAAACCCUGAGAUAACCUGCUGCGCGACUGGAUGCGCUGUUUUUUUUUUUUUUUGUUCAUUCGAAACGUUGACUUUUUCCCCCACUUAUUCUAUUUUGAUAUCUAAUGAGAUGUAAGGAUGCCAGCUUGAUAAACCAUGAUCUCAGCUUAAACAGAGUUCUCAUCCCUCUCUCUUCUAUCCAGGAUUGGUCUUCGCAGGACGCCGCGCAGAUCGCCACCGAGUUGUGUGGCUUCGUCACCAUCCUCGCGGGGACGUUUCUUCUCCACAAGACCAAGGAUAUGGGCAGCAAUUCCCCCUCAGAAUCAGAGCCGGCACUUGCAAACCAUGCCUAG